AACAAAAGACUUCCAAAGUGAGAGUCUCCUCAAGCUGCGAAGCAGUUCGCUUCCCAAUUCCGGAAAAAACCCGCCCCGUCGGUAAAGUAUGGUCAAAACCAGAAUGAUCUCGAAGAACUGUCCGGGUUGCGAGUCCCCCAUUGCGAUCGCGUCGAAAAAGUGCCCCAGCUGCGGCUUCACGUUUGGGAACAGCAAGACGACCAACUCGGCGUACACUCCGAACGCCGUGGGUCGGCCAAAGGGGUCGAAGGGCAAGGCGAAACCGUCGGCGGCCGAGCUGCGUAAGGCCGCGGCGAUGGCCGCCGCCACAUCUUCGCAGGUUCAGCGGCGCCGGACGGGCCGGGUGAGGCGCGAGAAGCCAAAUUACUACGACUCGCUGCAGUACGAGAAGAAGAAGAAGAAGAGCAAGAAGCCAACCAGAUCGGCGCUCUUCAAGGGCAAGGAGGGGAAACAGACGCAGUUGAUUAGUGCCAAGGAGACGCAAGCGGCCCGGGCCAACCGCCAUGCACAGCGUCGGAUCAAAAAGGAGGAAAUUGACGGUGGAGGCGAUCUGGCGGCCAAGUUACCCACCGACAAGCAGGCAAUUGCAGCACUGAUCCUGUCGGAGAUAAACCGGAAGAUGGGAUCGGUCGUCUGGAAACAGCCUUGAUAACGAGCCUGUGGAAGGCGUGUGUGUGAUUUGUUCAUCAUUGAUAGCCAGUUUGUAUCACACUGUUACGGGUGGGUAGAAUCUUGAUCCUCCUCGAGCAGGAAGGCCGACUUUGCUGCAUCAGUAGUUUCAGCAGUGCAAUAAAUUACCAUCAGCAUUUCCCAGGUGUGCGUAAAUUUAUGUCCAUCAAGAUAUCGUAAGCGAGGAGCCUCCCGUACCUUGAGAUAAGCGUGUGUGACAACAACUAAACUUCCGACUGAUAUUUGCACUGUGUAAUAUAAUAUAUAUGGUAACGUGCU